AUGCGGUCAGAGAAGCUUCAGCCUGGCGAUUUAGUUCUUGUCUUCGACGAGAAACGCGCAAUCGACAAAUCGAAAGCUAGGAAACUUACAUACCGUUGGCAAGGCCCUUUACGAGUCCACUCUGUGUCUGAGAACUCGGCAUCGUACCGCCUAGAGACGCUUGCUGGUGACCUUAUCACGAGGGCCACAUACGCUGGGAAACGUCUCAAGAGAUAUAUCGAGAACGACGCCGGUUUCUGGGAAUCGGAGGAUCCUGCGUGGGCCAAAGCCAAGCUCAAAGACGAAAUAACCCCCUUCUUCCCAGCCCAGGACCACCAAGACGAACUUUGGGAAGUAGACAUGGCUCCUAGCCCUGAUCAGGACGAAGACAUCAUGCAGACACGAUCGAGGCUUCAACAGCUACGCCUCGAAAAAGAAAACGACACGCUCCGCAGAGAACUAGAGCAUUGGAAGUCAUCGUCCAGACUUGCGAUUGACAUCCAACCCAAGGACUCGGCAAAGGACGCGCAGUAUACUGACAUGACACAGCAAGCCUGA